AUGGAACAUGAAUCAUCAAAAAAAAAAUUGUUUUCUCCUCCACCUGAACCAUCAUUUGUUUUACGCUCAUUUGAAUCGGGUGUAACAUGUGUUCACUAUUCAAUAAUUGAUAAUAAAUCAUUUUUAUAUGCUGCCGAUCAAAUUGGAUUAGUAUAUUUAUAUAAUUUACAUUUACGUACAAAUAUAUUCAAAUUUCAAGCACAUGAAAAUAAUGAAAGUAUAUUUGGUUUAAGUCUAUUUUCACAAAAUAAAAAUAAUUUUGUUACAUUAGGAAAAGAUGGUUUUGUAAAAGUAUGGGAUUUAGAUAAAUCAAUAAAUAAAACACCUAUUUGGACUUAUCAGUUAAAUCAUUGUUCAUUUUGUAAUUGUGAUAUCACACAAAAUCUUAUUGUUGUACCAUUAAAAGAAUCGUCUACUGUUGGAACACUUGACUAUCGUUUAUCAUCAUCUGUAAUUGUUCAAAAAUUUUCUCCAUCAAAUAAAUGUGGUAUGGUAAUGAAAUUACAUGUAUUAAAUGACAAAUGGUUAUUUAUUGCAUAUGAAAAUGGACUAUUAGCUGUUUACAAUCUCAUCAAUAGUCAACCAAUAGCAGAAAUAAAUGUAAUCGAAAAUAAAGAUGAACCAUUAAUGGCGAUGGAUGUUUGUUCAUUUGUUGAUAAUCAAAAAACGAAUGAUGAUGAUAAUGAUGAAUUUAUAAUAGCUACCUGUCUGUGUGGUACAUCAUUAAAUGAGAUUUAUUCAAUUGAAUUUAUUGAACAAAAAAAAUUAAAUCAAUUUAGUUUACGAAAACAAGAUAAAACAAAGUUUCAUUUAUUAUUACCUAAUAAUGGUUGUAAUGUUAUUAAAUAUCGACAAGAUUCAAAAUUAUUUGCAUUAUCAAGUUGGGAUUCACGAAUAAGACUAUAUCGUAGACAUAAUGGAAAACAAUUAGUAAUGUUUGAUUAUCAUCAUCAACAUGUGAAUUGUAUUGAUUUUUCACCAAAUACAUUUCAGAUGGCAUGUGGAAGUAAUGAUAGAACUGUGUCAAUAUGGGAUAUUUAUAAUAGAAAAAUGGAGUAG